GGGCCGGCGGUGUCAGCGGCGGCCGGGCCGCACUCCCCUCGGAGCCGCCGCCGCGCCUGCCAUGGGGGCCGCGGGCCCCGGGGCGGCCCGGGCGCUGCUGCCGCUGCUGCUGCUGCCGCUGCUGCUGCGGGCGGCGGUGCUGCCCGGCCCGGCCCGCGUCCCCGCGCCGCCCGAGGAUGUGGACGAGUGUGCCCUCGGGCUGGAUGACUGCCACCCCCAUGCCCUGUGUCAGAACACGCCCACCUCCUACAAGUGCUCCUGCAAGCCUGGCUACCACGGGGAGGGCAGGCAGUGUGCGGACAUUGAUGAGUGUGAAAACGAACUCAAAGGAGGCUGUGUCCAUGACUGUUUGAAUAUUCCGGGCAAUUACCGCUGCACUUGUUUUGAUGGCUUCAUGUUGGCUCAUGACGGUCAUAAUUGUCUUGACGUGGACGAGUGCCUGGACAACAACGGCGGCUGCCAGCACACCUGCCUCAACGCCCUGGGGAGCUACGAGUGCCGCUGCAAGGAGGGCUUCUUCCUGAGCGACAAUCAGCACACGUGCAUCCACCGCUCCGCAGAGGGUCUGAGCUGCAUGAACAAGAACCACGGCUGCAGUCACAUCUGCAAAGAGGCUCCCAAGGGCAGCGUCGCCUGCGAAUGCCGGCCUGGCUUCGAGCUGGCCAAGAACCAGAGGGACUGCGUCUUGACUUGUAACCAUGGAAACGGUGGGUGCCAGCACUCCUGUGAGGACACUGCUGAAGGCCCAGAAUGCAGCUGCCAUCCACAGUACAAGAUGCACACCGAUGGGAGGAGCUGCCUGGAGCGAGAGGACCCUGCCCUGGAGGUGACAGAGAGCAAUGCCACAUCUGUGGCGGACGGGGAUAAACGGGUGAAACGGCGGCUGCUCAUGGAAACGUGUGCUGUCAACAACGGAGGCUGCGACCGCACCUGCAAGGAUACCUCGACCGGUGUUCACUGCAGCUGUCCGGCGGGAUUCACGCUCCAGCUGGACGGGAAGACCUGUAAAGAUAUUGAUGAGUGCCAGACCCGCAAUGGAGGUUGCGAUCAUUUCUGCAAAAACACCAUGGGCAGUUUUGACUGCAGCUGCAAAAAGGGAUUUAAAUUAUUAACAGAUGAGAAGUCUUGCCAAGAUGUGGAUGAAUGCUCCUUGGAUAGGACCUGUGAUCACAGCUGCAUCAACCACCCUGGCACAUUCACAUGCGCCUGCAACAAAGGGUACACCCUCUAUGGCUUUACCCACUGCGGAGACACCAACGAGUGCAGCAUCCACAACGGAGGCUGUCAGCAGGUCUGCGUGAACACGGUGGGCAGCUACGAAUGCCAGUGCCACUCCGCAUACAAGCUCCACUGGAACAAAAAAGACUGUGUGGAAGUGAAGGGGGUCCUGCCCGCUAGUGUGUCACCCCAGGUGUCCCUGCAAUGCGGGAAGAGUGGCCGAGGAGACAGGUGCUUCCUCAGAUGCCACUCCGGCAUUCGCCUCUCUUCAGGACUGCAAGAGGCCUACUCUGUCACCUGCGGCACUUCCCCUCCUCUCAGGAACAAACAGCAAAAAUCAAAUGGCUCUGCUUUCGGGGGUAACCUCUCCCACUUGUUUCUUUCUGAAGAUGUCGCCACCAUCAGGACAAGUGUAACCUUUAAGCUAAAUGGAGGCAAGUGUAGUUUGAAAAAGGCUGAGCUGUUUCCCCAGGGUCUGCGACCAGCACAACCAGAGAAGCACAGCUCAGUCAAAGAGAGCUUCCGCUACGCACACCUCACAUGCGGCUCCCGCAAGCGAGUGCCCGGCGCCCCAGGCCGACCAAGCGCCGCUCAGGAAGUGUUUGUCACUGUUGAGUUUGGGCUUGAAACUAACCAAAAGGAGGUGACAGCUGCUUGUGAUCUGAGCUGCGUCGUGAAGCGCACAGAGAAGAGGCUCCGGAAGGCCGUCCGCACGCUCCGGAAGGCUGCCCACAGGGAGCAGUUCCACCUCCAGCUCUCCGGCACGGACCUCGAGGUGGCUAGGAAGUCCCCCCGAGCGUCUGAACGCCGGGCAGAGGCCUGCGGAGCGGGCCAGAGCCACCUCGGAAACCAAUGUGUCAGUUGCAGGGCUGGGACUUACUACGAUGGAUCACAAGAACGCUGCAUUUUAUGUCCGAAUGGAACCUUCCAAAAUGAGGAAGGACAGAUCACAUGUGAGCCCUGCCCAAGACCAGACAAUCCUGGGACCCUGAAGGCCCCAGACGCUUGGAAUGUGUCUGAGUGUGGAGGUCUGUGCCAACCUGGCGAAUACUCUGCGGACGGCUUCGCACCUUGCCAGCUCUGUGCCCUUGGCACGUUCCAGCCCGAAGCUGGCCGUACUUCCUGCUUCUCUUGUGGGGGAGGGCUCCCCACCAAACACUUGGGAGCCACUUCCUUCCAGGACUGUGAAACCAGAGUGCAGUGCUCCCCUGGACAUUUCUACAACACCACCACUCACCGAUGCAUCCGUUGCCCGGCGGGGACCUAUCAGCCCGAAUUUGGAAAAAAUCAUUGUGUCUCUUGUCCGGGAAAUACUACGACUGACUUUGAUGGUUCCACAAACAUAACCCAGUGUAAAAACAGAAGAUGUGGAGGGGAGCUGGGGGAUUUCACCGGGUACAUUGAGUCCCCGAACUACCCAGGCAAUUACCCAGCCAACACCGAGUGUACGUGGACCAUCAACCCACCCCCCAAGCGCCGCAUCCUGAUCGUGGUCCCCGAGAUCUUCCUGCCCAUAGAGGACGACUGCGGGGACUACCUGGUGAUGCGGAAAACCUCUUCGUCCAAUUCCGUGACGACCUACGAGACGUGCCAGACCUACGAGCGCCCCAUCGCCUUCACCUCCAGGUCGAAGAAGCUGUGGAUCCAGUUCAAGUCCAACGAGGGAAACAGCGCCAGAGGGUUCCAGGUCCCGUACGUGACCUACGACGAGGAUUACCAGGAACUCAUUGAAGACAUAGUUCGAGACGGCAGGCUCUAUGCAUCUGAGAAUCAUCAGGAAAUACUUAAGGAUAAGAAGCUGAUCGAGGCGCUGUUUGAUGUCCUGGCCCACCCCCAGAACUAUUUCAAGCACACAGUCCAGGAGUCCCGGGAGAUGUUUCCAAAGUCCUUCAUCCGAUUGCUGCGCUCCAAAGUGUCCAGGUUUCUGAGGCCUUACAAAUGAGCCUGCCCACGGGCACUCCGCCCCGCGCUCCGCCCGCGGGCUCACCGCGCUCCGCCCACGGGCACUCCGCACCGCGCUCCGCCCGCGGGCUGGCGGCCGAGCCGUCUGCGCCUGCAGCCAGCCUGGCCUCGCCUCGUUGGAUGUCGCUGCCUCGAGCAGCAGUGACGGGUUAGGGUUCAAUUUUUAUAGGUAAUACAGAUAUUUUGGUAACUUGGACUUGGUUUUCUCUCCCAGCGUGGUGGAUGUGGACCGGGAAUGGCUUUGGGUCUCUCCCACUUCUCACGGCUGUGGGCAGAUGUCUUGGAUACGCCCAGGGCUGGCUGAGCGGGACCUCAGUCAGCUCAGGUGAGACUCGCCUGUCUUUCCUGUUCUCACUCCUCCUCCAUCGCACUGUGAGGGAAAGGAGGCCACGGAAGGGGCUGCCUUGUCUGUAACGUCAGCUUCCUCCAGCCCAGCCCUCCCUAAGGACCCCUCUGGGCCUGGGGUUCAGGCUCUGAACAGGCAGAGAAAGGAAGGAGGAAGGGAGGGACCAUCCCCACACCUGAGACCUGGCAGGACUCCGUGUCUCCACGGCCUUCUCCUCCAGCCUGUGUGGCCUAAAUUUGAUCUCAGGAGCUUGAAUUCUAAGCAUUGAUUAUUUAAAAAAAAAUAAAAAUAAAAAAAAUACUUAAAGCAGAAAGAAUUAGAAAUACAGAGCUAAAAACUGAGCACUUCCUCAGACAUAAUAACGCAGGCCCAUUGACGCCUUCCUUGUGACUAACUCCCACCUGUAGCAAGUCCACAGCGCAGGUUCCAGCACCAGCUGUGCCUUGGCACACGGGCCUGGGCACAGUGUCCGGGCCUGGAGCAUUCCGGUCAGAGCCAUCUACCUUCAUG